AAUCAAUUAUUACAUGGUUUAUAAUAUAUAACAUAUUAAUUUCAUAAAUUAUAUAUAAAAACAUAUAUUCCAAUGACUUUUUAUUGAAGCGUUGAAAAAGUUUGACACAGUUUAUAUUUAGAAUCAUGACUUUGGAACAGUGUUAUGAUAUUCAGAUCAAAUCAGUAACGACUGAGAUACGGAAUAAUACAACACGAAGUUAAACAUUGUCUUGUGUACGGUAACGAAUAUUUUCGAUUAAUUUUCAUUAUGCGUGGUCUUUCUUUCAUUUGUCUAUGAUAUAAAAAGUUAAAAAUUAAAAAUGUAUUAUUCAAUCUUGUGUGUAGAAUCUUGAAGGAAGAAAUUAAUUUACCAUUCAUCUGCUGAUAACAAACACAAGAGCAAAAAACGAGAAUCUGAUUGAAUUUAAGUACAUGCCUCGUGUAUGCAUAUCGAUUUGAUAACAAGUAUUGACAAGUUAUUUUUGUCAUAUAUAUUAUAAGUGACAUUACGCAUUUAUAACUUAUACAGAACGAAAAGAGGCAACAAAUAUUAUCUCUUGAUCUUCUUUACGUUAUGUGAAUAUAUUUUUCGUGGCUCUAAUGAAUGUCUGUAAGAGCUACGGCACGCAAAAUUAAUUUUCUGCGUUCUACUAUUCAAAGUUGCAUCAAUAUUUUUGAAGAGCAGAUAAUUUUAUUUAUAUAAAAAAGAUGAUCCAAUUUCAAAUUUCCGCACCGGGUAGUAUUAUCUUAAGUGGAGAGCACGCGAUGCUAUACGGAAAACGUAGUGUGGUGGCCGGUUUAGAUCGUCGUACUACGCUUAAAUUUGCCGAAUUAAUCGAUGAUCCAAGAAACAUUAUUAAGAUAGAGUUCCCUGAUGUUGAUAUAUCAUUGAAUUUAUCUUGGCAACUAGUUCAACAUUUGUCUUCUAAUAAUAAUUUAACCUACUUGAAUAUGAAUAAAAUCUUGCUCCUUAAACACGUGGAAUACUUUAUCACCUUAAACGGUAUGUGGAAAACAUAUCCGCAGAGAUUUAGCUUACAAACAUUUUUUUUCCUGCUUUUGUUUAUCGCUCACCACGAGGGACUCGAUAUAAAACCUUUUCACGUACACUUGACCACGCAAUUAGUAAUAGGCGCUGGUCUUGGCAGUUCGACAUCGUUCGCGGUAUGUCUCGUGGCAUGCUUUCUACAUUGGGCGCGUUUGCAGAGAGGUACUCACGAUGCAUUUGAAUUCAAUGAAUUAACGAUAAUUUCGCGUUACGUUUCGUGGUACGAGAAAAUUAUACAAGAAUAUAUGUUCGGGGUCGAUAGCGGCGCAUGCUCAUUUGGCAACAUAAAUGUAAGAUUUCUAGGCAAGAACGGUAUUUAUUUUGAAAAUUAUGUCAUGCCUAUGCCAAGAAUGAAGAUUCUGUUGAUUGACUCAAGAAUUCACCAGAAUAAGCACGAACAAAUGAAACAAAUAGCGGAGCUAAAAUAUUCUCAUUCCAAGUUCGUCAAUUUAAUUUUAGAAAAAAUUGAUAAAACAUCAAAACAAUUUUGUGAAAAGCUUGGGGAAAUAAAAAUUAACUACAUAAAUGGCAAUUCACUUGAACUAGAAAAUUCGUUCAUAGCACUACAGAUCGUCGUUCAAGUGAAUCAAUCUUUACUAUCUAAAUUAAAUAUGUCGUAUCCAGAGUUGGAUAUUAUUUGCUCUAUUGCAAGAGAAUGUGGAUUUGCGGGAAAACUUACAGGGUUUGGUAGAUUUGUAUACAUCCUGCUAUCACCGGACAUUCCAGAAGUAUUAAUUGAGAAUCUUUCGACACACUUAAUGGCAGAGGGUUUUGAUAGCACGAUUACCAGCAUGAGUUGUAAUGGAGUGAGCAUUCAUGAUUAUAAUGAUCAAUUAUAAUUAUAUAAAUAAGUAAAUAAGAACAAAUAACUAAUAAUAAAUGUAAAAAAAAUGUGAGUUUACUAACUUAAUUACUGUAGUAUUUUAAGUGAAGAAAAACAAUAAAUAUGUAGUUUUGUCGAAAGCUUAACGUGACAAAUGCGAUCUAAAAUAAUAAAGAUAGCACUAUUCAUCUUUUAUGUCAAAAUUAUGAGAUUAUAUUAUAUUAAACAAUACAGGUGUCUCA